AAUGAGGCACUGGUGAGAGGUUCCCAUUGGCUUGCAACUGAGGUCCUCACCUCCAUCCCCCUCUCCUCCCCACCCCAGAUCACCUUCUACGAAGGGAAAUGCUUCUCAGGCAGGAAGCUGGAGGUGUGCAGCACCUGCAGCAGCUUCCAGCAGCGAGGCUUCCCCCACCGUGUCAACUCCAUCCGCGUGCAGAGCGGGGCCUGGGUCUGCUUUGAUCACCCUGAGCUGCACGGGCAGCAGUUUGUGCUGGAGCACGGCGAGUACCCGCACUGGCAGCGCUGGAACGGCCGCGGCGACCGCAUGGGCUCCUGCAGACCUGUGGGCAUGCACGGGCAGCACUACCGCAUCCAGCUGUUUGAAGGGAGCUGCUUUGGAGGCCGCAGCAUGGAGCUCACUGAGGACUGCUCCUGUCUGCAGGGCCGGGGCUGGGAGCAGCCCCACGUCAACGCCGUCAGGGUGUACGGUGAUGGAGCGUGGGUGCUCUACGAGGAGCCCAACUAUCGAGGCCGCAUGUAUGUGGUGGAGCGGGGCGAGUUCAGCAACUUCCGAGCAUGGCAGGGCUUCAGUGCAAACGUCCAGUCUGUCCGGAGGGUCAUCAACUACUUCUAGCUGAGAACACCUCAUCGGAGCUGGGCUGCUGGGCUGCUGGGCUGCUGGGCUGCUGGGCUGCUGGGCUGCUGGGUUGGGCAUCACCUCACUGACCCGUGGAAUAAACUGUUCAACAUCAAAUUUUGGCUCUAAGUAAAUUUGUUUCCAUCAAUUGCAUGAGUUCAAGAGGGAAUGGAUAUGCUCAGUGUUUCUAAGGUUAUAUGCUGUGAUUUUACUUUUCUAUGGUGUGACGAUUCAUGGGGUGUGAUGGGACACGUCUUCUCUUGUAGCUGAUAGUGAAAAGAAGACCUGGGAAA